UGAAUCCCUAUUUUAUGUUUUAAAAUAAUCCCUGGCUAGUAGUUCGUUUCAUGCCAACUGAUCUGGAGCACAUGAGUGUAAUCUGCUUUCUAAAAAAAUAGUGUGGCCAGUCACAUGCUAAUGCAGUGUAGCAACUAAGAGUGUGUGCGUGAGAAUGGAGUGUCGUGGUGAUAACAAGUGUGAGUCAGGAAGCCCCUGGCUCAAAUAUCUCCUCAGCCAUUAAUUAACUAAAUGGCCGGCAAUAAACAAUUCGCUUUCAGUCUUGGCGUCCAUACCUACGUCUGCUAUAUGGUGAUAGUGCUGACUUUCUUCUGUUUGAGCACUUCCUUUGCAUCUGCUUAUGAAGGCAAACAAGAAAAGCAGAACAGCUUAUGUGAAUAACUUCUUGUGUUGUGAAUAGCUGCAGUUUUUAAAAUCACCAAAAAACUAAACAAAUGACUCGUCUUCAACAGCUCAGUUUCUGCUUUGCACUCAGGAAUGUGAAGCUGAUAACCAUUCAAAUACAAUCCAAGGAUUUUAGUGUACCUUCAGAAAAGGGUGCCAACUUAAUAUUUGGGAAGAUUUUGCUAAGAAGAUGGACCAAUACAAAUCCUGAGAUUUCCUGUGGCAUGGAGUUGGAGAACAGUGAGCAACCUGUUGUUAUGAGAGACGACAACAAACGGAGGAGGAGGAGGAUGAAGCCACACUGUACAGCAAGCAGUUUGUCUUCAACAGAACUGAUAACCAUUGAGUUCAUUCUGCCUACAAGCAACAUGUUGGUAGAUAUAGCUAGCAACUGUACAGUAGAGCAGAUGAAAGCACAAAUUUGGAUGCGAGCAAUAGAGAGGAAUCAGACCUCAGACUUUUAUCGCAAAUUCACUCCAGAUCAAUUUGAUCUUCAAUAUCAAAAGAAAGGACAGUGGUAUGAAAUUUAUGACAAACAUCAAAUCAUACAAACGCUUGAUUGUAUACUGUAUUGGAAAGUCUUACAAAAGAAGGUGGGCAAAAUUCAUGUGGUCCAAAAGCAAAAACCCACAGUGGAAGUUCAGGAGUUUCAAAAGCAACUCAAUUACUUGAUUGGUUAUGAUGUCACUGAUGUAAGUAAUGUGCAUGAUGAUGAGCUUGAAUUUGCUCGUCGCAGGUUAGUCACGCCACGAACAAUUGAAGUAUCUUGCAGAGAUCCAAAAUUAUAUUCAAUGCACCCCUGGACUACAUCCAAGCCACUUCUAACAUACUUACUUAAUAGAAUUGCCAAUAAUAAUAUUUUUAUAAAUAUUCACAGAGGAACAACAAGCCAGAAGAUUAAAGUAUCUAUUGAUGAUACUCCAGAGCUAAUCCUUCAGAGCUUUUUCACAAAAAUGGCAAAGAAGAAGUCUCUGAUGAAUAUUCCUGAAGAUCACAAUGAACUAGACUUUGUUCUUAGGAUGAGUGGCAGAGAUGAGUAUAUUGUAGGGGAGACACCUAUAAAAAACUUCCACUGGAUAAGACAGUGUCUUAAGAAUGGAGAUGAGAUUCACCUUGUCCUGGACAAUCCACCUGACCCAAAUCAGGAUGAAGUUCAGAAAGAGGAGUGGCCAUUGGUGGAUGAUUGCACUGGAGUUUCAGGAUAUCAUGAACAGUUGACAAUAGAUGGCAAAGAUCAUGAAAGAGUGUUCACUAUAUCACUGUGGGAUUGCAACAGGAAAUUCAGGGUCAAGAUCAUUGGCAUUGAUAUUCCUGUACUACCAAGAAACAUGGACCUGACUGUAUUUGUUGAGGCUAAUAUUCAACAUGGGCAACAGCUCCUUUCACAGAAAAGAACUACGGCUAAGCCAUUUACUGAAGAAGUUCUGUGGAAUGUGUGGCUUGAAUUUGAUGUGAAGAUUAAAGAUUUGCCCAAAGGGGCAUUACUUAACCUGCAGAUAUAUUGUGGCAAAGCACCAGCAUCGUCUGCAAAAGCUAACCUCCAGUUGCAUGAUUCUUCCAAUUCUGAUUCUAAAUGCAAAACCCAGCUUCUCUAUUAUGUAAAUAUUUUGUUAAUAGAUCAUCGCUCCCUGCUACGGACUGGUGAUUAUGUGCUUCAUAUGUGGAAAAUUCCAGGCAAAGGGGAAGAACAGGGAAGUAUCAAUGCUGAUAAGCUUACAUCAGCCACCAAUCCAGAUAAAGAAAAUUCAAUGGCUAUUUCAAUUGUUCUGGACAAAUAUUGCCACCCAAUAGCCUUGCCUAAACACAGGAUAGCAUCAGAUCCACAAGGGGACAGGGCCAGAGCUGAAAUGCCCAACCAACUGCGCAAACAGCUUGAAGAGAUCAUAGCUACUGACCUGCUUAAUCCACUUACCCCUGAAGACAAAGAACUAUUGUGGCACUUCAGAUAUGAAAGUGUAAAACACCCAAAGGCAUACCCUAAGCUGCUUAGCUCAGUGAAAUGGGGACAGCAAGAAAUAGUAGCUGAAACAUACCAAUUAUUAGCUAAAAGGGAUGCCUGGGACCGAAGCACUUUGGAUGUUGGAUUAACAAUGCAGCUUCUAGACUGUAACUUUUCAGAUGAAAAUGUAAGAGCCAUUGCAGUGCAAAAACUAGAGAGUUUAGAAGAUGAUGAUGUCCUUCAUUAUCUCUUGCAGCUAGUUCAGGCUGUGAAAUUUGAGCCUUAUCAUGACAGUGCACUUGCCAGAUUUCUUCUAAAACGAGGCUUAAGAAACAAAAGAAUUGGACAUUUCUUGUUCUGGUUUUUGAGAAGUGAAAUUGCCCAGUCCAUGCACUAUCAGCAAAGGUUUGCUGUGAUCCUAGAAGCCUAUCUUAGAGGCUGUGGAAAAGCCAUGUUACAAGACUUCCUAAAACAGGUUCAAGUAACUGAGCUAUUGCAUACAGUGACAAUGGAGAUAAAGUCAGUUUCUGCUGAAAAAUAUGAUGUCACUCCUCAAGUUAUCACACAGCUCAGACAGAAGCUUGAGAAACUACAGGACAGUAAGCUUCCUGGAUGCUUUAGAGUUCCAUAUGAUCCUGGACUGAAAGCAGGAGCACUUGUGAUAGAAAAGUGUAAAGUAAUGGCAUCCAAGAAAAAGCCCCUUUGGCUAGAAUUUAAGUGUGCAGAUCCUACAUCCCUAUCCAAUGAAACAAUUGGCAUUAUCUUCAAACAAGGGGAUGACCUGCGACAGGAUAUGCUUAUUUUACAGAUACUUCGAAUAAUGGAGUCAAUCUGGGAAGAAGAAUCCUUGGAUUUAUGUUUGUUGCCAUAUGGCUGCAUUUCUACAGGAAAUAAAAUAGGAAUGAUUGAAAUUGUAAAAGAUGCUACAACAAUUGCCAAAAUCCAGCAAAGCACAGUUGGAAACACCGGAGCAUUUAAGGAUGAAAUUCUAAACCAGUGGCUAAAGGAGAGGUGUGUAAUUGAAGAAAAAUUUCAGGCAGCAGUGGAGAGAUUUGUGUACUCUUGUGCUGGUUACUGUGUGGCAACAUUUGUACUUGGUAUAGGAGACAGACAUAAUGACAACAUCAUGAUCACAGAGUCAGGCAAUCUCUUUCAUAUUGACUUUGGCCAUAUUCUUGGAAAUUACAAAAGCUUUCUUGGAUUUAAUAAGGAAAGAGUUCCUUUUGUGUUGACACCAGACUUUCUUUUUGUCAUGGGUACAUCUGGAAAGAAAACAAGUCUACACUUCCAAAAUUUUCAGGAUAUAUGUGUGAAGGCUUACCUUGCUCUUCGAAAUCAUACAAACCUUCUUAUCAUCCUGUUUUCUAUGAUGCUGAUGACUGGAAUGCCUCAGCUGACUAGCAAAGAAGAUAUUGAAUAUAUCCGUGAUGCUUUGACUGUUGGCAAAAAUGAAGAUGAUGCUAAAAAGUAUUUUUUGGAUCAGAUUGAAGUUUGCAGAGAUAAAGGCUGGACUGUGCAGUUCAAUUGGUUUCUACAUCUUGUGCUUGGAAUCAAACAAGGAGUGGAAAAACAUUCUGCCUAAUUAUGUUGUGUACACAAAUAACUAGCAAGGAAUCUGCUCCAACUUUUGAGAAUCAUAGCAUCUAACUGGGUUGAUCUAAAGGCUUUCUCCUGCCAAAAACAAUACUUCUCUUCUCCCCCCACCCCUGUCUAAACAGAAUCUCAUUUUUUGAGUGAGUGAUGCUGGAAAGCAAUAAUGUAUUCCAACCUAGGCAAAAAUUUGGUUUGUUUGUUCAAUUUUUUCCUGUCAGCUGUAGGUGUUAGCAAAUAAACUCAGGGUACAAUUGGAUUACAAUAUUGAAAAAAGGAGGUUUCUGCUACUUCAUGCUCUGCUGAUAUAUUAGAUUCUUAAGAAGGAUAGUAAGACCUUUGAAAAUAAUGGACUGCUUUUGCCAAAACUGUGUGACGGUACUGCUUCAGAAUAACCUUUUAAGCAAAACUUUCUCUUUCUCCUUAAGCUAUUUAAUUAUGCUAAAGCCCUUAGUAAUAAACUGUACCCUCUUCUAAGUGGUACUUCUAAAUAUUUUCUUUAUAUCAUAAUACCAGAAAAGUGAGUCUUUUCCUUGUGAUUAUUUAUAUAAAGAUAGAAAUUUGGCAGCGUUUAUUUAAUGAUUUCUUGAUUUAGAAUGACUGUUAUAUCUGUAACUGGAACUUCGGGAAUCAGCCUGGAAGCCAAAAGUUCUUCAGUUUGUAGAUCACUCUGAUAGUCAAUCAUUUUCAGCAUUUAUUCAGAUAAUCUUACUGGGGAAAGAAGGUGGAGGAAUGAAGUGUAAGGGCCAAUUUGCACAUGAGAGGUAGAAAAACUGUGGAUGGUGGUAGCAGUAAUCAGUAAACUAAGAGAGCGCUGGACUAGCUUCAUAAAAUGCUAGUCCUGUUCAUUGUUGGACUUGUACUAGGGACCAUUGUUGCAUUUGGAAUAUGAGCUUGUGCCUACUGCUGCUUCAUAUGAUGUUUGAAAUGGCAAGUCCUGUAUAGAUCCCCCAGCACCACUGCCAUCCAAAAGAAGUACUCUAUGAAAAUAAACUUGGGGAAGGGAAUCUAUAUUUAAUUCUUAAUAGUGUCAAUUAAGUUUAAAUGUUUCAUGCUUUCUUCUUGUAUGUUAAUUAUAGAAUUUUUUAUUGUCCAGAAAGAUUACACUGAUUAGUGAGAUUAAGAUUAAGAACUUUAUAUGAUGGUACUUGCUCUUUGGACGAAUACCAUCUAAGAGUUCCUCUCACUCCCCCACAUCAAAAACUCUUGAAAAACCAAAAGGUUUUCUGCCGUACCCAUUCUUUUUGUUUUGUUUUUACCAGUGCUACAGUUUAUAGAACUAUUAUGGGCAUACUCAGCAACUUGCAUGUGCUCACACAACUUUUGACUUUGUCCAGUAGAUCCCUUCUUGCGCUCUCAGAAGGAUUUUUACAUUCUUCUGGGUUUCAAAACUGAUUUGGCAUGCACUUUCAGGGCUACUGUUGCAGAAAUAAAAGUACAGGUUUGUUGCAUGGUUUCCUGGAUUGUGAUCCAAAUCAAGAAUGAAAGUGUAAAUGCAUUUCCAUAGUAGAGUUUUAUCUUGUUUUUGUGUUAAUAUUUUGUCAUAACUAUUUUAAAAUGGGACAUUACUUCUAUUAGUUUUUCACCAUUAAUAAAUAGGAUCUAAAGAGAUAAUAUAUUCCUGAUAAAUACUAUAUAUAUGGUUCUUUCUUUAGUAUAGGGCAGCACAAUGUUGGUCCUCCAGACGUUGGACUGCAACUCACAUAAUCCCUGAGUUAUUGGCACUGUAACUGGGAAUGAUGGAAGUUGUAGUCAAAAACAGCUGGAGAACCAAAGUUGUGCAGCACUGCUGUAGGAAGAUGCUGGGAAUUUAUAACUGAUUCUGUAAUCAUGAAAUUACACCUGUGAUAGCACAAAUGUUGUUUGUGACUUGAAUUACUAUAAUUAAGACAUUUCUGCCAAAUCAACUAUAGCUUGAAAUAUGUGUUCAUAUGUUAUGUGGAUUUAUUAGUAUACUGAUUCAUCAGUAUAUUGCACAGUGUAUAUACAAAAUAUUUUAAAAAUCUAUAGAUCUUGCUUAACUUCUUUCUUAUGAGGAAACGUAACAUCAUGGCUCAGAUUUUAACAUAUAAAUCCACAUAGGUUUUUGGAAGGAUUGUCUCAUACUAUAACUUCUCAGUUUUGAUACUCUUUAACAAAUUAAUUUUCUUGUUUAAAUUGCUACCCUGUGUGCAGGGAUUUUCAUAAAUCAAGUAUACACUGUAAAGGCAGGGGCCUCAUAGGAAAACAUGUUCUAACAAUGUUCUGUAAGUUUUAAAACUCAUGCUGGGAUACAGUGAUUUGUAUUAUCUGUAACCUUAAAAUUUUUUAAACUGUGUUCUAACGUUGAAAUUGUAUAAUAAAUACAUGUGUACCUUC